ACCCACUCAGAAAUAUUUUACAGUAUUGAAUAGUCAGUCCGCAUCGUAUUACAACGCUAUUAUGGCUACUUCACAUUUGAUUGCUUCCCUAUUUGUGAUUCAGUUAACCACUCAAUGCUAUCGAUUCGGUGCAGUAUUAGCUUUCGACACGCGCCAAUACAAAUCGUGUGCAGAGGCACCGUCCCAGUCCGGCGUCUAUACAAUUACCCUUGAGAACGGGUUUCCACCAUUCCGGGUUUACUGUGAACAGCAGAAAUACGGUGGCGGUUGGUUGGUAUUCCAGAACCGAUACGAUGGAUCUGUCAACUUCAAUCGAAGCUGGGACCUCUACAGGAACGGAUUCGGUAACAUUGAAGAGGAACAUUGGCUGGGCUUGGAGAAGCUUCAUCAGAUCACGUUGAAUCAAGAGCACGAUUUAUUGAUCGUCAUAGAAAAUUUCACAGAUUUUUCUGCCCAUGAAAUCUAUUCCGGAUUCCGAGUUGAGGACAGCAGCUCGAACUACACUCUCCGAUUGUCCAACAUGGAUAACUCGUACCAAGGAACAGCUAGGGAUUCGUUUUGGGUUUACCGGAACGAACAAUUUAGCACCUAUGACCGCAUCAAUGAUAAGUCAAUUUUAGACUGCUCGGUUCUUACCGGCAGUGGCUACUGGCAUUAUGAUUGUGGUAUCGGUUACAAGAGUAAUUUGAACGGAGAAUACAGCAGAUCAGUUCUUGGUGAUCGUCGAGGUAUCUGGUGGGGUGCUUUUGGAGGACAACAAUUUCCGUUGAGGAAAACUAAAAUGAUGAUAAAAGUUCAUGAGACCACCCGAGCGAUGCAGGACUUGAACCAAAUUAAAAUUAAUAAUAAUUUGUAAUAAAUUUUAAAAGUUUUAUCUUACAAACGGAUAACCAUAACCAUUUCCGUUUAUUAAAAAAAAAACGAAUCAACGUAUUGCGUUUGACCUU